AUGUCCGGCUCGUUGGAGAAGUUAUCCGCGACUUCUUCCUCGUUGGGCGGAUUGAUCUUAUUGGGCUUGGGCGGAUCAUUGCGUGAAUUGGGCGGAUUGGGCUCCCCUUCGCCAGUCGCCACCAGCUGCUGCUGCACCGCUGCUGGCUCACUGCUGCUCGCUUCGCCGCCGCCACCGUCUUCUUCCCACACGGUCCUGCUCCGAGUGAUCCGGGAUUCUUUAUUUCUCGUCCGUACGCGACUUCUCGGCGGCAAGCUCGUGGCUAUGGGUUCCUUACAGCACGGAUCACGGUGUGUGCUGGAAGCUUGGGAGCGUUCUCACGACGACCAUCACUGCGAGAAAAAGAAAGUUUCGCACUCCUCCUGGAAAACGAGGAGGCUUGAACCAAAAACUCAGUCUUGUAGGGUUUGGAUGUGGAGGCGGCGCUGUUGUGACGAUGUUCCGGAUGAGUUGCUCAUCCGGAUCAUGUCCCUCCUCCCCUCCUCCCGCGACUUGCAUUCUUCUUCCCUGGUAAGCAAGAGGUGGGCGCGACUGGCACGCCUCGUCACGCAUCUUUGCCUCGACUCGAGCAGUCCUGGCGUGGAGCAGGGCCUCGCGCGCUGGUUUGGUCAUCACAACAGCCUCCGCCAGCUAUCGAUCCAGAGCUUCUUCCAGCACCAGCCGGACUGCAGCUCCACUCGCUGGCUGCACCAGGUCGGGAAAAGUCUCCACUCGUUGAGCAUCUCGAGCACCAGCUCGCAGCACAAGUUCGAUGGCUUCUGGUCCAACGUCUCGGCCUGCCAGGAGCUCCGCUGCCUCCACGUCCAUGGCAAGCAACUCGCCCAGCUUGGCGAUGCAACUUUGCCUUCACCGCUGCUGCCCAAUCUCCUCUUCCUCACCCUCCGCGCAAGGGUGGACGUGACUUCCCUUCGGCAGCUGCUCGACCUCUGCCCCUCGCUCCUGGUGGUGCGCAUCAACGGGCUAUUGGUGAGAUCCCCGGGGACCUACGUGCUCAAGAGCCGCACUCUUGUCAGCUGCCAGUCCGAAGGCUACUUUGAUGGCGGCCUCGACAACGUCACCAUUGUUCUCGACGCGCCGAAGCUCCGCUGGAUGUUCCUUGUCGCCCCGCGCAUCGUGCUACUGCCUGCUACGUGCAACAUAGACUGGAUCCGGAUGACUGGAAUCAUGGGUGGAAUCCAGGGGCUGCGCUACUCGAGGCUCACAAAGCUUGCGUUCACCAACCCGUUCUACAGCUCCGCUCAAGUUAUGGACAAGGUGGCGAGGUACUUCGCUUGCAGAAAGUCGAGCCUACGCGGGAUCAAGACGUUCUACUAUUCCGUUUUUGACGAUGGCAUGCCACUGUUUUCUGUCGAUCUUGCUGCAUUGCUGGAGCCUUUCCAGGGCCUUGAGAUGUUCAUCGUCAGUUUCAAGAGCAUCAAGUUGCUCAACGUGGCAAACUGCACCGCCCCCUUGACAGUCUUUGUGGAGUACUUCUGCGUCACGCACGUCUGGGAAAGUGAAGGUCCCGAACUGGAGGUCAUCCGCGAGCUGCUGAGGAGAAGCAGCGGCACCACUCUGGAGUUGAGGGGCUUCUACAUUAGAGAGGAUGUGAACCCCGAGAUCCCUUCGUUGCUUCAGGAGCUUCCAAAGGAAUUCCCAGGACGCGUCCAGCUGCCACCCCUGCAGCUUGUGCCCCGGCCCACCUGCGGCAUUCUGUGGCGGUCCUGGCAAACAAGUGUUGCCAUGGAAGAUCCCUACACUGGAUUCAGCAACCACUGGUGCAACUUAGUGUACGGGUGGCAGUCCGAAAGGCCAUGCGCGUGGGAGUAGCAGUCGCUCCUCAAGACGAUGGCAACAAUUUUGAGCUGCAAGGUGAGAGUGCUGUCUCGGACAUGAAAAAAAAUGUCCCAUUGGUGUAACUUUGACGUCCUGAUUUAUUGCUCGACAUCUUCUCGAGGCAAACUGAAAGCACAAUUCAUGGCAGUUUCACUUGCAGACUUUGCAGACCUCUACAGGCACUUGAAGCUACCUGUGCCUCCUGGAAAACAACAUCCUAGUACGGAGAAGCAAGCGCAAAUUUGCGUUCACAUCAUGACGGCAGCAGCAGCCUCAAGUAUGGAUUGCUGCUGCAUGGCAAUCUCAAGUGUUAGACAACAGCUUCAAGAAAAAGGCUUUGCGCCACCUUUCUCAGCUUUGGUCUGCGUCGACGUUCAGACUUGAAGUCACUCACUCAAGAUCAUCCACAAGCAGAGCAACAUCCUCUUGACUCAGGCUCUCGGCUCUUCUCUAGAGCAGCCUCUUGCUCAAGUCGGGAUGGCGAAAACGCUUGACCGAAGCAAGGACGGGCUCUAGAACUGAUACGAUGCAAUGUGCCACGUAGCAUUAUACAUACAGUU